CAGUAUUAUCCAAUCCAUCCAUGACGUCUCUCGACCAGUUCGAAGGCCAUGGUGCCCAUGCCGACCAGGCCCGCACCUCAUCGUCCCAGGUCCGUGUGCACCCGGACAACCAUGACGAUGGCGAUGCCUACCACUCCGAUUCAGACUCCUCAUCGGUAUCGGAACAUCAAGAUACCCGUAAAGAAAAGUCCAGAAAACCCGGUAACAGCGCCUUCCGCCAGCAGCGCUUGAAGGCCUACAGCCCGGUAUUCACCGCCAGCAAUGUGAUUCCUCUUUUGUUGAUUUUGGCCAUUGUUUUUGUACCGCUUGGAGCCGCCAUGUGGUAUGCCUCAGAUAGAGUUCAGGACUUGGCCAUCAACUACGCCCACUGUGAAAAGUUGGCCAGCGCCGACCACUGGUCGGCUAUUCCCGAUGAGUACUUGGACUAUCAUUUAAAGGAUAAAUCCUACAAACAGCCCCAGUGGCGGUUGAGCAAAGACGAAUCACAGCAGUUUGAAGAUGAAUCCAACGUGUGUGAGAUCCAAUUCAAUGUGCCUCGGGACUUGAAAGGCCCCAUCUACUUCUUCUAUCGGUUGGAGAAAUUCUACGCCAACCACCGAAGAUUUGUCAAGUCGUACAGUGAAGAACAAAUCAUUGGCCAUGCUGCUAGUAAGCACACGGUGAAGGAAACUUCGGGUCAAAACUGCCAACCAAUGUCCACCCAUAAAGGCAAAAUCAUUUACCCGUGCGGGUUGAUCGCCAAUAGCAUGUUCAAUGACACAUUUUCGUCUACUUUGCUGGCUGUUAAUGGUACGGCAGAUGAUUACAAAUUGACCAACAAAGGAAUUGCCUGGUCCAAGGACAAGAACCGGUUCAAGAAAACAAAAUAUUCUCACAAAGAUAUCGUGCCUCCUCCUAACUGGUAUAAGAGGUUCCCCAACGGGUACAACGAGACCAACGUCCCUGAUGUCAGUACCUGGGAAGAGUUCCAGAACUGGAUGCACCCAGCAGGCUUGCCAACCUUCAAUAAAUUGGUGCUCCGGAACGACGAUGACACUUUGAAGGCCGGUACGUACCAGGUAUCGGUGGGGUUGCAUUGGCCGGUAUUGCCGUUCAAAGGAGGUAAGUACAUCUACAUUUCGCAAAGAUCGGUUAUGGGUGGUAAAAACCCAUUUGUUGGGAUCGCCUGGAUGGCCAGCGGAGGCGUGUGUUUUGUGUUAAGUAUUUUCUUAUUGGUGGUGAAUUUAGUGAAACCCAGAAAGACGGGAGACAUGAGCUUAUUGAGCUGGAAUCGUGAAAAGGCAGCAGAGGAUGAGAAGGCGGUCGAGCAGAGUCAGCAGUAACAACGCACGAGUUUUUAGUUUAAAUCUUCCAAAUAUAUGAUGUACCAAUUGGGGUGCGCGUACGCCCAAUAGGGAAGGGCCUAAGGCACUGCUCAGGACCAAAUCAUUGUGGUUCACCUACAAAAGAAGAAAAGUACUACUAUAUAUGUGCUAUCAAACCAUAUAGAUUUCCCUGGUCCCAUACUUGUUCAAAUUGAAAUAUCAUAUUUUUCUUG